UUGAUUUACUUGUUACAUUUCAAUCUGCUGAAGACUCGCACGGUAACAUAGUCUUCACGUCCAAAUCAACGCUGAACUUUGGUCCUUGUUGCUGCCUGCUUCAAGAUUUGGUCUGAUAUUCACAGGAAUUUGCUCACAGCCGGUCAGAAGAUAUAGUUGAUAUAGACUCAUUCGCUCAGGACCAGCAGCUGAAAUAUCGUGAACUCUAUUUUCUUAGAAACUAUUCAUGAUUCUUGCAUUUCUCAGAAUUGCGGCAAACAGUUAAAUCUAUUGUACUAAAACAAUCAAUAAUUCACGCAAACUGAUCUCUAUGAAAGUGACCAUCAGAAUUUUAGCUCGUCCAGUCUUUUUACUAUUUUACUCACUGCAAGAGAUUCCGGCAGGGCUUAUAUCGAGUUGAACAACUGAACAUGCACUACGAGGAUAUGGGAGCCUUCAGAAUGCCCCGCCGGAACGUAAUAAUAAAUCAUGGGCUACAUUCUUUAAUCAGAGCGUUGAACUUACUUCGAAUUCGACAAGUUAUUAUUGCUGAGGUUCUUUUUAUAAAAUAAUGUUUAAUACCAUCAUCAUCCUUAAAAAUACGAAGGAAAAUCGAACCUUAAACUGUUAAAAAUUGUUUUAUCAGGAAGCGAGAGUCGGUGUACUUCAAAAGUAUGUGGCCUAGUGAGAGGUAGCGUGUUUCAAUAUAUUUACGAAGAUUUCAUUUUCAUUCUGAAGACAACCUUGUCUUCUUGACGGAAUCUUACUACGGAUAAACAGAGCAAAAUAUAACAACAUUACAUCUUGAAUUAUUCAUGUGUCAAACUGCAUUCGCUUGAGCAGGACCACCAUUACUUCGCUUCUCAAAGAUCCGGAAACGAACUCAGUGCUGUAAAGAGGAUUAUUGACUCGUUUGAUUUAUAUCUAAACUCAAAUUCCUCGUGGCUUUUGGCAUCUGAGAAGAACCAUACCGACAUCUGAUGAUCAAAGUCGCAAUUGGAAAGUUAAAUUAACUCAGUGACACACUUUUUACCCAAGCACGAUUAUGAACGAAUGAGAACAUGGCGGCUCGUCCACGCAUUCAAGGAAGGUCUUAUGGACAGAAGCGACCCCCAUUAACUCACAUUCUACAAAGCAUCCUCGACCGGUACCCGGAUGGAGGACAAAUCUUGAAGGAAAUUAUUCAGAAUGCAGAUGAUGCAGGGGCCUCGAAGGUAUCCUUCCUCCUUGAUUCGCGCCCAAGCUUCUACGGAAGGGACUCUUUGUACGAGCCCAGCCUUGCUCAGUUCCAGGGUCCUGCGUUAUAUGCACAAAACAAUGCUCUCUUUGAGGAAGGUGACUGGGAAAACCUGGAAAGGCUAAUGAGAAGCAGUAAGAAAGAUGACCCGUUAAAAGUGGGCCGAUUUGGCAUAGGCUUUAACUCUGUUUAUCACAUGACGGGUGAGUUCUUGAAAAGGUAACUGAUAAAUGAUU